CAGCAAUCGGCGCCUCGAUCGAAGCGCUCAGACACCAGCAACUGACCCAGGGGCUCGCAACGAGAACCGUCUUCUUCCUGGAGCAGCGGCGAGGCAGUCAUGGGAGACCCUGUCGAGCCAGCCUCCGUCCCCUCGGACGCCGCCCGGCCCGUGGAAGGUGCCGGCUUGGAGAAGAGCACCGCGUUGAUCACGCCGCCCCAGGAGAUGCUGAAAGGGCUGGCCGAGCUUCCCUGCUUCUGCAUCGCGCUCACCCUGGCGGCCACCGCGCUCGCGCUAGCCAUUCCCAUGAUACUGCGCGAUUACCUGCCUCCAUGCCGAGAGCCUAACUGCUUCCAGUACGCCGCCGAGAUGGCGCUCUCGGUCGACCCGGCCGUGGACCCCUGCAGCGACUUCUUCGGUCACGUGUGCGGCAACUUCGAAGACCUGUACCCGCGCCACUCGAGCCUGCUCGCGGUGCUGGCCACCCGGGUGAGCCAGUUCCAGGACUCCGUGCUCAACCGGCUUGAGACGAGCUCCUCGGCCGAGACGCCCGGCGAGGCGACGGUGGCCGCCUUCCGCGUCUGCGUCGACCAGUACCGCGCCGGUGACGAGGGCGGCCUGCACGCCAUCCGGGACCUCCUCUGGGAGCUGGGGCUCUUCCUCAGGGCCAAGCCGGUCACGCACACCGUCGAGAACGUGUUCGUGGGCGUGGUGAAGCUGUCCCUGAGCUUCGACCUGCCGGUGCUGGUGCGAGCGGUGCUGGUGCACUCCCUGAAGCAGACGGCGCACAACAAGCUCGAACUGCAGUUCGACCUGCACAUGCCGGUGGCGCCCGUCGACCGCACCGUCGACUCGGUCGAGGACUCGCUGCGCGCCGUAGCGCACAACGGCACCUUUAGCAGAUUCCGCCACCUGGCGUCCGCCGCUCUCGGCUCCCUAAAACUCCUCGAGUCCCAGGUAGCCGCCGCUCCAAGCUGGGACGGCGGCAUCCAGUACGUGCGCUUCGCCGACGUCCAAGACGGGCUGCUGGAAUUCAUGACGACCGAGCGCCUGAUCAACGUCAGCAACGACGCCGUCUCGGUUGACGGGUACUUCGACGGUGAGAGCGAGUUGGCGACAACCAACCCCGAGCUGCUGAUGGGCUUCGCGUCGUUCGCGACGCAGCAGGGCGGUGCCAGGCUGCUGAACCUCGUGCGGUACUUGCUCGUCGAGAGGCUGCUGCCGGUCUCCUCGCCCAAACUGGCCGACAUCUACAACGUCACGGGCAGCGAGGCAUUCAGCGUCCGCGUUGCUGCCUGCAGGCGAGAGGUGGUUGGCCUCACGCCGCGCGCAUGGGCCGACCUGAUCUUCCGCAACCUGUUGGGCCUCAAGCACGACGCGGUGGACGCCUUGGCUCGCGACGUGGUCAACGCGGCGUUCGACCAGCUCGACGCCGGCGGCGGCUGGAUGGCGGACGCGGAGACGGCGGAGCGCGCCAGGCAGCGACUGCAGCGAACCCGCCUGCUCUUGGGCCGCGCCGCGGUCAAGGACAACCUCAAGGCGCGCUACAGUCACGUCAAGGCGCCCAGCUCCGGCUCGCCCUUCGUCGCGUGGCUUAUACAGACGCUGCAAAUGGGCCGCAGGCGCCUCGCCGAGCACCUGCGCAGGGGCAGCGCCGCGCCGAAUCUGGACGUGGACGACCCGGAGCUGCAGGUGCUCGAUUCGGAACCGAACGCGAUCCUGGACCCCGUCCGGCUGGAGGUUCUGGUGACUCCGGCGAUGCUGUUCUCGCCGUUCCGCGUGGAAGGCGUGCCCAGCGCCGUCAACUACGGCGCCAUCGGAAGCCUCGUGGGGUCGCUGCUGUCGCAGUCGCUGGACCCGUCCGUCGGCGCGUACGACGUGCUGGGACGCAGGCUGGGCGACGCGGGCUGGUUCUCGGAGGACAGCCUGAGCGCCCGCAAGGCCACCCUGGCGUGCGUCGGCGCGAAGGUUGCGGCGCACGAGAGCAGCUCGCUGUCCGACGACCAGACGAACGAGGUGCUGUCUAACACCGUGGGACUCCGCUUGGCGCACGCCGCCUUCCUCGCCAAGCUGGACGACAACGACACCCGGAAGGCGACCGAUGGCGACGUCCCCGAGUGGCGCGGACCCUUCUACUCCGGCCGGCCCGACGACGCCAAGGGCCUGCAGCGGCUCUUCUUCGCCGCCCACUGCUUCCAGCUGUGCGGCGUGUCGCUGCCGCGAGGCGUCACCACCUCCACGCUGCCACUGCGCGACCGUUGCAAUCUGCCCCUCAUGAACUACGCCGAGUUUGGCCGCGCGUUCGACUGCCCCGCGAACAGCGUCAUGGCGGCCGACGCGACGAACAGCUGCUUUCCGGAACCUAUGGACCAUUGACUUCCGCUUCGUUUUUUUUUUCCUGCCUUAAUUACCGUAUUUUUAUUGUCGAUGUAAUCGGGAGCUUUGCCCGGAUUUUGGUACUUCCUUUUUCCUCGCUUUCUUAAUUUCUUUUGUUACAGGCCGUUUUGAUGCUCGUCAGUUCGAGCGAUGCGCGUUCGAUUUGCCCAACCGGAGUGCUCAGCGGACGUUCGUUUCGCGAAAGUUUAUCCCUUAGACUCUUUAGUUAACUGUAUUGAUCUCAUUUUGCUCGGCCAUAGUAAUUAGGUCUUGAAGGUUAUCGCUUUUAUAUUUAGCCAAUUUCUCAGGAGCACAUAAUGUUUGCCGGACAUUUUAUUGUCUUCUUUGGUACUUUAUCUCUUAUUUUUCUUGGCCGGGGAAGGGACGUUUCUUUCAUUCGCGUGCCACUAAUAUCAUUGUCGCUAUUCAAUUGUUAGUGGUAGCUGGUAAUCCUACGGCGCUACGAUCUGUGACGUCAUCACCGAUUGAACAAUACAUGGCUUGGCCUACAGGACCAAGUAUUAAAUAUCUGAUUUCGA